AAGCUGCUUAACGAACGGCCACCUAGAGACGACGAUCAUCGACUGGAUCCCCGGCAUGCCGCCGAUCAGCCUCGGCGACAUUUCCAGCUUCGUCCGCACUACCGACGCGGACGAUUUCGGUCUAUGGUUCAACAUCACCGAGGCCAACAACUGCACAAAGGCCGGCGCCCUAGUCCUCAACACGUACGAUGCCCUUGAGGCAGACGUCCUCGCCGCCCUCCGCGCUGAGUACCCGUGCAUCUACACCGUCGGGCCGCUGGGCUCCCUUCUCCGCCGGCACCACGACAACGAAGACGCAGACGCCGUCGGCGGCUCGCUUGACCUGAGCCUGUGGAAGCAUGACACCGAGUGUCUGUCCUGGCUGGACGCGCAGGAGCCGGGCUCCGUCGUGUACGCCAACUUCGGUAGCCUCACCGUGGUCACGGCCGCGCAGCUCGCGGAGUUCUCUUGGGGCCUCGCUGCAACAGGCCGCCCGUUCCUCUGGAUCGUCCGGGAGGACCUCGUCGUCGGCAGGCCGGCGGCUGCGCUGCCUCUGGGGUUCGCGGCGGAGACGGCGGCGCGAGGCCGCCUGGCCGCGUGGUGCCCGCAGGAGCGGGUGCUGCGGCACCGCGCCGUGGGGUGCUUCCUGACGCACAACGGGUGGAACUCGACGUGCGAGUGCCUCGCCGCUGGCGUGCCGAUGGUGUGCUGGCCGGUGUUCGCGGACCAGCUCACCAACUGCAAGUACGCGUGCGAGGUGUGGGGCGUGGGGCGCCGCCUGGACGCCGAGGUAAGGAGGGAGCAGGUCGCUGCGCAUGUCGAUGAGGUGAUGGAGAGUGUUGAGGUCCGGAGGAACGCGACGAGGUGGAAGGCGAUGGCGAAGGAAGCUGCUGGCGUCGGUGGAUCGUCGCACGAGAACCUGCUGGGCCUGGUGGAAGCGCUCCGGGUCAGCUCGCUCAACUCAGAGUCCGAGACAUGAGGACACUGGAGGAAUGUAUGCGUGCCGUGUGGUGUUCGAAGGAGAUGAAGGGAAUUAGUAGGACCAUAUUAAUUUCAUAUACUAAUUAUUACUAAGGGUG